GAGGAGACAAGGAUUUCAACAUUGUUUAUUUUGUUUGCAUCAGAAAUUGAGUCACAACCAUGGAUCUGGCGUAAAUUUACAGGUCUCAAAGGCUUUCAAAAUUAGCAUGAUAGAUUCUUUAAGCCCAACUGUGAGUCGUCAAAAGAAUAUCUGCAUGCAGAGGAGGGAGUAUUUUCUUUAACUUGAACAUUCAAUGACAAUCCCAUUGCAGCUGCUCUUUGGAAGUACACCAGAAAGAGAACUUAUCUUUUGCAUAUUAAUGUCACAGUAAACAUAAGAGCUAUUGAAUGAAAGAGACUCGUCAGGUGUGUUGAAUUUUUAAAAGUGAGGAUCAUGCAGGAACCCUGAGUCCAUGUCUACAUUUUCAUGCUGGAAUACAUUUUUAUUUUCAGAAGGUAUGAUCAGCUGAGGUCAAAAAGGGCCUUUGCUGAGGAAUCAGAUCUUCCCAGACAGAAGGCGUAGAAAUUUGUGUGGGCGCUUGGCUCUCUAAUGGAUGUUACACGUAGAUGCUCCUGGAGGCUAUGUCUGGAUGUCUCUUUUCCUAGCCAUUGGUUCUGACUUCUCUCUGGUUCUUUGACAUUAAGGUGCUAACAUCACUAUUUUGAUUUGUGAGACUCUGUGAAGUUGAACUCGCGUUUACUACUCAAGAGAUUUUUAACAUGCAAACUUCUGUUGAGCAAUUGUGAUGAUUACAUGUAUGUACCAGUACCCAUCUACAGUGUAUUCCCUGAAAGCAUCUAUGUGUCUGAUUUUACUCUGUUUGAUAGUGAUCUCCAUCUACAAAUCAACCCUGGCCUGCACAUCUUUGCAUGAAUCACACGCUAAUGAACAUUGAUUGUGUACUCAGGAUCAUUAUCAUACUCUCUAAUGCCAGGCAAGGAUUAGUUGGUACACAUAGCUAUGUUCCUCUUGGAUGUUUACUUAUCGUGCCGGAUUAAUUAGGAUAUACCAUGAAGCGAAGUGAAAGCACCACAACGUCCAUGAAGGACAAAGUCAGGAAGGGAGUGACUGCAAUCAACAACGGUGUGAAGAACCUUCCCAAGGUCAGCCUAGGACCUAUCAUCCUUGGUCAAUCCAAUGGACAGCGUUCUUUACCAGAUUCCAUGAACAUGGAUGAGAACGAGCUGCUGUCGGAGCCCAAGUACCGUGCCUAUGUCAGCGCGGUAGAGAAGGCGCUCAAGGCCUUCGAGUACUCCAGUGAAUGGGCGGACCUCAUCUCGGCAUUGGGAAAGCUGAACAAGGUCCUGCAAACAAACUCGCGGUACCGUAUCAUUCCAAAGCGUCUCUUGAUUGGGAAACGUUUGGCCCAGUGCACGCAUCCUGCCCUUCCUAGCGGGGUCCAUCUCAAGGCCUUAGAAACAUAUGAUCUUAUCUUCAGAUUCAUCGGACCAAAGCUGCUAUGUCAGGACAUGUUCAUAUACAGUGCAGGUCUAUUCCCUCUGCUCGGCAAUGCCUCCAUGUCGGUCAAGCCUGUUCUACUCAAUAUAUACGAGGAGCAUUAUCUUCCGUUAGGAGAGCAUCUGAAGCCUGCCCUCACAGGUCUCCUCCAGGGCAUCCUUCCUGGUUUAGAGGAAGGUUCAGAUUUUUUUGACAGUACCAACGCGCUGCUAGAGCAGCUAUGUGCCGGUAUGGUCAAGUCAAACUUCUAUGGUGCUUUGUGGGAAUGUGUUCUGUCCAGUCCAGUGGUCAGACUACCGGCCAUCUCCUUCAUCCUGUCUCAGGUGGACAGAAAACUGCCUAUCAGUGACCAGAAGUACUUCCUUGGUAGUAACAAAUGCAUCAUGGUGAAAGCUGUAUGUGCAGCCAUCAACGAUGCUGUGGUGCUCGUUCAACGCAGUGUGCUAGACCUCAUAAUGAUCUGCUUCCCCAUCCACAACUGCGGCUUAGAGCCUGAUGAACUUGCCCAGCUACUCACGGCAUCUCUCGGUGUUCUUCUACGUCGGGACAUGUCCUUGAACAGAAGACUCUUCUCCUGGUUGCUGGGUAUCGAGAACGGUAAGAAGCUACCCAGCCUGCCUCCCGCUCCUCCGGUAGGGAUGGACAAAUCCAUGAUGGCGCAUCGAAGAACCAAUAGCGUGCUUACCAAUGACAGUAUGGUUAGCAAUGAGGAUGAGGUGUCGGAGUACUUUGAGAUUCAUUCCAAACGGUUGCUGAUCCAGGGGCUGCGGAAGUGGCUCCACGAUCCGCCGCUGGAUCCGUACAACCUGGACAGCAAGCAGCGAUUCUUCAAGCCGUAUCGCAUCCUGAUCAGCCUUCUGGACAAGCCCGAGAUCAGCACCCCUAUCAUCGAUGAAAUCCUCCUGGAAGUAUUCCUGGCUCUCUUCACCCACUGCACCAAGCGGAAGGCACCCUCAAAACCGGACAACUCUGUUCCCUUGGCGACAAACAACGAAGUGGACUUUGCUCAUUGGGAGAUGCUGCAGGGAGCAGAGAAGCCCAUCGAGCUGAUCAAGACGGCUAACUUGCUCUUUAACUCGUUUGAACCGUACUUCAUAUGGGAAUACAUUGCCCAGCAAUUUGAACUGUGCUGUCAGCAUAGUGUGCUUCGAAGUACUGCACAGGGCUCUGUCUCUACCAGCUCUACCAGUACUAACUUUACUUGUACCAAACUUUGUGUCCUUGUCAGUUUUCUCUUGGACAUUGUGGCCUUAGAAACCUACCCUGAAACCCCAACAGAAUAUCUACCGCAGCUUCUCUGCAAGAUCAUCAUGACCCUGACCAACUAUUGUGGCUACCUGGACCUGAGUGACAUUCACCACGCCCUUGGGCUGUGCCUCAAACUACUGACCAAAGUCCAGCCAUCCAUGGUGACCAGCCCUGAUACCAAGACCGUUCUGAUACCACACCCCGAACCAGACCAGCUUCCGCAGGCUCUUCUCAAGCAGUUGGAGGGGAUAGAGAAUGGGUACGAGAUGAUUGAACCUGAGCGUAGUGAAGCCAGGCAAGAGAGAGCGCCAGUUCCCACACGCAAGGGUGAGCAGUCUGAUGGGAAGGGGAUGAAUGUAGGAACAGAACUGAAGGAUAAGGAAGGGGAGAAGCAGGAUGAGGAAGAGGAGGAUGAUGAGUUUAGUACACUAAUUGAUGCUAAGGACAAGGAUAGUGAUGAUGAUUCUGGGACAGUGCAAUCGCUUGACCGCCUUUCCUCGCAGCCUACGAAAUUCAGCGAGAACAACCCCCCUCCCACCCGUCUGCGUCGUCCCACCAGUCUCAGCAGUAGACAGGACUCCAGUUCCCUCCUGGACGAAUCUAUGGACAGUCCUGAACAGGCCAAAACAGUUGACAGAAAGCCACCUAAUCCUAGCAUCUCAUCCAUGGGCAACAGCGAGAGUGACAAGGAUGGACCUCCCAUGUUCUUGAUGCAGGCCUGCGUCCAGUGCUUUCAGACAUUCUUUGCCAAACUGAUCACCAAGAAGAUCUUGCCCAACGCGGACAUCGUCAAGACGUGCAUGACCAAGCUUCAGGUGGGUGACGUGGUUGCUUCCCCUGUCAAAGGUCCCUCGGAAAAUGGUCAGGAAGAGCCUGAGGAUGCUUCUGACAAAGACAAUGAUCAGGCAGAGGAGGGAGAGACAAAGAAGAGGAAUUCAUGGGAGGAGUUGCCAUGGAAACCAAAGAGUGACAAGAUGGAGGAUGUGAGGACAAGAACAGACUCUGCAUUGACAAGUGAUGAGGCUGCCAGGCAGUAUUUAGCUGAUGUGACUAUCAAUUGUUCAUCAUCCAAGGUGCUAUGUCAGGCGUUCAGUACAGCUUGUAAUCUGUUAGUUGAGUUUGCUUGCUUUCCAAUGUACUGUAAUGAAACCGUUUCAGCUUCAUUACUCAAAGCACCCAGGAUCAAAGGGAGUAUGCUAGGCCUGCCAGACUGGCUUCAAAACCUCCUUACCUGUUGCUGCUUCCUCAAAGACUUUAAAACACAGACCAUGGCCAUCUCAACUGUCCUGGAACUCAUAACCCUGACCAAAUCAGUUAUGUCAAGCUCAGACAACAAACUGGUGCUGCCCAACCCGCCCAACUCACCCCGCUUUGAAUCAGGCACAAUAUCAGUGGUUCUCAUCCCGGCCAUCUCAUCCAAACACUUGGAAUGCCUCAACUACAGCUCCAGCUAUUUCCAGAGAGUUGCAGUAGGUCUUUGGUCCCACCUGAGCCCCCAGACACCAGACUACCACGCCCGUAGUGCAGAUCUGCUUCAUCAGCUUCAUAAUGCUACACCUGAUGCGUACAUCUGUGAAGACAUCAUCGGAAACUCACUGGUCCAGAGCAGAACGACUGGAUCAUUGGAAGCUCACACCAAGUUUGCUCUGCUAUGGCACCUGAUACGUAGCCAGAUAAGAUCAAGUAGCCCAGCUUCCAAGAUCAGAACAUUUGACAGAUCUCUAUUAGUGGUCCUAGACAGUAUGGAGCACCCUAGCAGCAUGAUACGCUCCACCACACAGAGCUGGCUAUUAGAUGCUAUCAACCGUGGUGACAUAGCGAGGCUCUUAGAACCCAUCCUACUGGUCCUGCUUCAUCCCGCAACAGCUAGGGCGUCGGUCCAAUUCCUUGGAGCUGACGCCAUGCGGAGGAAACAGAUGGAGGAGGAGCUCCGGGAGCGAGAGCAGCACCUGGAUGGUAUCGAGAAUCGCAUCUACAGUAUCAGCAAUGUCGACGGGGACGUCAGGUUCUACGUCCUGAAAGAUGGGGAGCAGAAGUUUGUGAUGAAUGCAGGAAAGCAGGACCCGGUCUUUGCCUGCACGAGUGUCGACGAGAAGAUGAACUUUGUGACGCGGAGUAACCUGGGAUUACGUUUCAGCCAGCCGCCAGAUUUCCAUCACAAGCCUCUCAGUGUGACGAUCAAUCCGAUGAUGAUGGGUGCGCACGCGGCGUCGUUCAGCGAUUCUGAUAGCGAUGCCAGCGCGCCAACCUCCAAGAACCCCGAAGGAUCAUCAGAGAGGAGGAAAUCCAGUGGGACAAGUGUUGGGGAUAAAUCCAAGCUAAGCAUCAGUACUAAAGGGAAGAUGGCUUCAGACAGAAAGACAGACUCAGGUUCAGACACUGCUACCCCUGUCAGAGGAAGCGGAGAGGGGAGCACCGAUGAUCUGUCUGUGAGUGAUGGCUAUGAUGAACCAUCCUAUGUGUACAACGAAGAGGUAGAUGAAUCCAUAGAGGAUGCAGUCAGAAGUAUCCUCUAUGCAUUGGUGGAUAAGGUUAUUGCAAACGUUGAGGAGAAGGAGAUUGACGAAUCGGACUCCAUGUCUGUUAUAAGAGCGCCCCAUCGUCAUCACCACCUGCUAGUACACACCAUAGUACUAAGGGUUAUAUUAGAGCCAAAGGAGGUACAGCUGCACCUACUUCCCCUGUCAAAGGAUCAGAAGAGUUCAUGUUGGACGAUCUAAGGAGUCAUGUCAGGCAUGGAAACAGAACCAACAAGCGACUCUGAAAUCACAUGGAGAUAUCCUCAAGAAUACUGUCAGGCGUUUGAUGUGAAACGCAUCCGUCUUUUGCCGGAAUCAAAACUGACUUCCUUGCACCCACUUCAGCAGCAUAUCCUACUUUAUGUUCAAGUCUAUGAUGAGGAACAAAUCUUGCAUGUUCUUGCGAGGCUAAAAUCUAUCCUUCACACGUGCCCACGACAGUUUGUCUGUGCAAUGUCCUCCACAAAUAUCAGUAGCACGAACACUCCCCAGCUGAUCAAGCUUCAGCAGCUGCUUGCCCGUCAUAAGCGUUGCAUCACGGGAUGGGACUUCUACACCCAGCUUGAGCAAGAAGCACUUCUCAGUUUCAGGAGCACCACCUAUCUGGAGGUUCUCAUCCUCACUUGUGUCUACUUCAUGCGCAGCUACUACCCUCAGGACGGCCGUGCCAGAGAGAGAGAUGCCCUUGGGAAUCGGGAUGUCCAGACAGCAAGCAUGGAAGUCCUCCAGCAUGUUUUGUUUGAACUAGUGGAUGUUGUCAAGAAUGGUGGUCGAGGACUAGCCACCUUUAUCAGCGAUCUCCUAGUCAGGUGCAAGGUCCAAAAGGCUGUUGUGUAUUGUUUACUGGCGUCAGUGUAUGGUGCCAGGAAGUCCAAGUCAUCACUGGCGGACAAGGACAAAACCAUCAUACAGGAUGCCCAUCCAGAGCUUCUCACAGAGGUUGCUCAAACUUUCCAAAUCCAACUCCUGAAACUGGUCCUGACGAUCAUCGUCCUGGAAGACCACCUCUUUCCCCUCAGGGAUUCGUCUCUAGAAUCAGCCGCAGCGGACGACGGGGAAUGGGAGUUCCGCCAUCUCAAGUUCCAGUCGCCGAACUCUGCCAUGGGUUUCCUCAAGUCAGAGCGGUUGUCGUGUCAGGGUCUACUCCUGACAGCGGUACAGACCGCCCUCAAGCAGCACCACAAUGCCAAGAUGCAUCGUCACUGGAUAGCCCUCAUGACAGAAUCACUGCCCUACUUGGAGAGGGGUCUGCCUAAGCUGGUCAUCCCCCUUACCAGUCAACUGUGCCGCAAUCUGGAAUCCCUGGCUGGCGUCUACAAGCUACAGGAGAGUAGUAAAAGUGACAAGGAAGACCUUCCCCCUGAUCAUGUAAUCACCAUGCUUGAAGGCCUCACCCAAAUCUGUCACUUCUGCUUGCUGGAGUCGACGUCGAGCCUGUCGUCGAUGACCGUCAGACACAGCGCAUCCAGUCCCGAGAAUGAGUCGACUCCGACCACUCAGCUCUUCAGCAGCUUGAUCGGUGCUCUGACCAGAGAUAAAACAAAGGGUGCUGCCACACCUGAUGGCCCGAUGAGCAGCCCCAAGACGGAGGCCAGGAAGGGGCUCCUCGGUAUGCUACCCAGGAUCAUGGCCAGUAUAGCACGUCUGUGGAGCGCUGUGCAGAGCUCUGAGCUCCUCAGGGAAGACCUGGAGAAGACGCAGGAGUAUCCUAGCUUCAGCAUGGGAACACCAAAGGCUGUGAGGCAACAGAUCAUGGAGCUGUUAAGCCCUAUUGCACUGCACCAUUCUACCAACCUCCUAGCUGCUGUAGGAGUGGUGUGGAGUGAUAGCAGACGCAGGCACAAACCACCCAAGGGAAAGGUCCUAGCCCAGCCUUCUGAAGAACAGCUAGUCCUGGUCCAGCUUGUGAGUGCCAUCAAAGCUCUACCGACAGACACCCUGGUCCAGACCAUCAAGCUGGUUCUCAAGGCACCACCAUUCACAAUCAGAGACAAGAACCAACCUGGACUUGAGGUGAGCAUGCUUCAGUUCCUCUAUGCCUAUGUCCAGAAGAUGGCUGUUGCGCCCCUCAGGGACUCCUGGCCUUCCAUCUUAGGACUACUCAAGGAUGGUCUUCAACUCAACCUGUCUGCUCCAGCUCAGUUUCUAUUACUAGGGAUCCUGAAUGUGAUUGUCCAUAAACUGCUUCCGUUUGAUGAGCGUAAGGAUCAGAGAGACCUACAGGAGAUCAGCCAGCGUCUGAUGGAGGCAGCAAACACCAUUGCUGGAUCCUCACUGGAACAGACCACAUGGCUCAGGAGAAACGUCUCUGUCAAAAUCAAUGCUUCUCAAAUCUCAGAAUCUGAUGCUGAUGUCUCAGAUUCAGCAGCUGGCCCAGAGUCACCCACAGAGGGCGCUGUCAAUAAUGGCAAUAGUGCAUUGACCUCCCCUCCCCUCAGCACCCCGCCUGCACAGCAUUCCUAUUCACAAUACAGCGUGCAAGCACUCACUCUGCUUGCAGAGUUGAUGGCUCCUCUGUUGGACAUGGUGUAUGGCAGCGAUGAGAAAGACAAAGUGGUACCUCUCCUUACAUCCAUUAUGCACAAUGUCACACCGUACCUCAAGAACCAUAGUGCCCUAAACAUGCCCAGUUUCCGUGCCUGCACAUCACUCGUCUCAAGUCUGAGUGACUACCAGUAUACCAGGAAAGCUUGGAAGAAGGAUGCCUUUGAUCUGCUGGUAGAUGCUUCAUUCUUUCAGAUGGACACAUCUUGUAUAGGAGGGUGGAGAUGUAUCAUUGAUAAUCUCAUGACGCAUGACAGAACAACUUUCAAAGAUCUCAUGACUCGAGUAGCAGCCUUACAGAAUACAUCCCUGAGUAUCUUUGCAAGCAAGGAGCAGGAGAUGGAGCAGAGAGCUCAGCUCCUGAAGAGGCUUAGCUUCGUAGUCUUCUGCAGUGAGAGAGAUCAGUAUGUACGCUCCUUACCAGAUAUACAGGAGAGACUGGCUGAGAGUCUGAGACUUAGUCAGAGCCCUGUCGUUCAUGAACAGGUGUUUAUGUUCUUCCGAGUUCUCCUUCUUCGGGUGUCCCCUCAUCACCUGACCGGUCUCUGGCCCACCAUGAUCACUGAGAUGGUUCAAGUAUUCCUUCACAUGGAGGAGCAGUUAGCUAAGAGCGCCCAGGAUGGUUCCAAACGGUCAGCACUGGUCAGUUUCUUCCAGCUGGGUUCCAAUGGAGGCAACGCAUUGAAGACAUUCCUUAAUCUCUACCUCGCUGCUUCAAAGUUCCUUGACCUCGCACUCUGCUUGCCUUCGGAAUCGCUUCCUCAGUUCCAAGUUUACAAGUGGGCAUUUGUUGGUGAGAGCAAUGAGGGUGAUUCUCAGACCAGAUUUGUUCCUCAUAUUGCCAGGGUCACCAAGCUGCUUAGAGCCAAGAAGAAACAGGACCAGAGUCUGAACCACACCAUCAUGCAGAGGACUAGCCAAGGGCGCCCUCUGUUGGCCAUGCAUCACAUCCGCUCAGUGGAAGAGCUCAUGCCUUUCUUCAACACGCUAUGCAGCAUGCAGCAGUCAUCCACUGCCAGACCUCGGACCACAUCAUCUCAGGGACCGACCACGCCCUCCGGUAGCCAUGACAACAGGCAGAGUAACGGCCGGGCUGAUGACGAGGAGGAGGUGGUUGUCGUCUGGGACAAGAAGGAGAGCAGUGUCCAGUCUGCCAUGGCUGAUGACGAGCUGAUAGAACAUCUGGUGGAAAGAGAUUUCCUCCUCAUAGCGUGAUGAUGCAGUGAGGAUGGAACUCAAACUAGAUGGGAAGAAAGAUGGAGGAUGGGAAGAUAAAGAGUUUGCCAUCUCGAGUGUGAUACAGUCAAACCUGUGCAAAACUUCUCACAGAAGACAAGACACAUGGUCUUUAUAGACAGGUCAUAUUUCUUUACACAUGGUUGCUAAACACAGGUUUCAUUCCUUUUAUGAUGCCAGUAUCUUGCAACACGAUGUAUAGGCAAUACCACACAAAAAGACCAUUAUAACAAAAAGAAAGGAGAUCCUUUUGACAGUUGCUAGGUUUUCCUAGUUGAACAACACGACUGAUGUAAAAGUCCUCCUUCUGUGACUGAAGACCUGUUCUAAAGAUCUACCUCUUUAUGCCAGGGGCAAAGGUAUACAUGCAAUUAAGAACAAGAGAUGUAUGUAUGUAGAGGAGCUGAAGUGUUAACAAGAGAAACUGAACCACAAGUACAAGCAUAUGCUUGGUGAAAUUAGGUGACGGUUAUUUUGUUGCUAUUUAUGUCAAAACCAACUGAUAUUCAUUCCUAUUAAUUUCUAUUAAAAGAAAAUUGUUUGCUUCAAAAUUGAAGGAGAUGCUGCAUCAAUGUGCAAAUAUAUUAUUGGAGGUUCAAAAACAGACCAUGAUGAUGAACUUAUGGAACCUUAUAUAACCAAAAUUGAUUUCUGUUAAUUCUAGCAGAAUUUCAGGAUUACCAAUAUUUUAGAUUUUCCUUUAAUUGCUUUCAUUGUUAAUGCAUGCUUGCUCUUUUUUGUCUUUUUGUCUAUUUUGCUCUAAUAUAUCAAAUUCCUCAAAGAUAUUUACCUUUUACUUGUAUUGGGCAUUUUUCUUUACAAUUUUUCUUUUACAAAUUAUCUAAAGCUUUUGUAUGUAUACACAUGGAGGUGUGUAUAUACAAUAAAAGAUGUCAGUGUUGAAACUUGGAAGAAUAUGUAUACUGAGCUUGGACAUAAGAUUUUAGAUAUGUUACUUAUUUAAGGGGAAUAUAUUAUGCAUUCCAAAUGACGUCAUGCAGUUUAUCAGAAUUGAAUUCAUCCUAUUCAUUCACGAAUGUCCUGAAUAUAAAUGAUUUAAUUAUUUGGCGAGGUAGAUAGAUCUUACAAUGAUUAAGAGAUUUAUUGAUGUAAUCCACCAGAAAAACAAACAUGUUUCCUAGUACCCGGUGUGAGUGAGUGAGCCAUGGGUGUCAUGACAGACAUGAUGGUUUGUUUAUGAGUGGAAUAUUGCAAAAGCCUUGAAAGAAGUUCACCUUUUCCAAUGAUGGAUUUGUCCAGGUUCUCUGUAGUGCAAUAUUUUUGUUUUAUUUUCAUUCAAAUUAAAGAUGUGCCUGAAAAAUAUGCCAUUGAAUGUGAUACGUGUAUGGAAAUGAUUGUAAGAUAGAAUAUACAUGUAUGCUGUGUGUAGUGCCACACCAAAUGAAAGUGAAUUGAGAUGUUCUGAAUACAUGUAACAUCUACAUAGAUUCGAACCGAAAGGGUUACAAAGUCCAUAAAUAACAUAGCCCCUUCACUCUUAGAAGCAGUACCUGUAGUUCAAUUAAUGAUAUUUGGAUGUAAUUUUGCCAUACUUGUACUGUCAGUGGUAUGAUUAUAUGUGAUCUACAUGUACAUGUAUACUGCUAGAAAAAUUAUAUGUUUGAUUGAUUGAUUGGUUGAUUAAUGGAUGACUUUCUGCAACUUAACUGUAUAACCUGAGGUCCCAUGCUGCCAGAUGAACUUUGUAUCGUACGUAUGUUCCCCAAGCAAUGUUUGUGUAACUGACAUUAAAGUUUGAACUGUAAGUGGGCUCAUCGAUGCUCUUAACCUCAUUGAUGUUAUGCAUGUCAUUUCAUCGUACGUAACACUGAUUCCUUCAUACAGAGAUUCCAUUGCGUUCCAAUUUACAAUUACAGUCUUUGUUUUUAUUUAUAUUAAUAUUCCUGUCAAAGACAUGUAAAAGUUAAGUGCCAUUUUCUGAAAAGAAAUAAUAAUUGCCUGUUAUUUUUAUUAUGUUUCUAUUAUUCAUACCAUUCCAUUUUAUAAAGUUUAGUAAAAAAAAAAAAAAAUUCUUUUCAUAGGGAUUUUAUUUUGUUUCAUACAUCAAAUAUUUCAUGUACGUAACAUAAUGUUCGAAUAUUUCACUGUAAAGAAAAAUAUGAAACGAGAUAAAACAUUGUACAAGUACAUGUAUAGUCUAUCAUCCUUAGGAUAUAUGAACAAGAUUGGAUAAAAAUUUAGACUCAUUAUUCUAAAUUGAGCAGUUUCACUGACAUUAAAUAACUUGUGCUUUACAACAUUUUGUCGAAAAGAUGACUUUCUGUUCUCUCAAGAGAUCGAUUGACUCCGUUUAUUCUGUUGUAAUAAAGUCAACAGCAGGAGAAUGAUAUGUAAAUAUUCAUAAAUUAUUUCAUUAUUAAUAUUUGUGAAGCCUUUAAUAUGUAACAAGAUCUGUUCAAGAAGUAUAGUAUUUCUCAGCUCCAUGCAGUCGUAGAUAAAAACAUUUAAUUUUUGUUAAACUCUUGGUUGAAGUCAAUAUUGCCUUAGAGAUACAUGGACACAAAUAUGGUGAUUUACAUGUAGGCGAUCAGAUGAUUUAACAAGAAAUUUAUCUUUUCUUUCCUAAUUAAUCUGUUUCGAGGUUCUUUUAUCCAAAAGAAAAUUGACAAAAAGUGCAGAAAGAGUUGAGUGAGGUAGUUUACAUACAUGUACCUCUUAAUAUGAAGAGUUUGUAAAUCUUUGAAAAGCAAACAAUUCAAUCAUCAGAAAGUUUAUAUCAAUGUUUUUUAUGUUCAUGGGAAUGUAUAACUGAAAGAAUAUAACGUGUUUUAUUUAUCUACCUGUAAUAUUGUUUUGAAUAUAGAUUAUUAUAUGCUGCUUGUUAUAUAUUAAACUCUCUUUUCAAAGCAUGUGCAUUGGAUGACAUAGGCAGUGAAAAAUAGAAUAGAAUACUCAACAGAGUGGAUAGCAUAGGACCAUAUUGUUCUGAAAUGUUAUGGUGUAUACUUCAUAUCACUGCAAGUGACCUCAUUAUUUAUGUGUACAUAUUUGGUGAAAAGAAAAUUUUCGUAUCUUAUAUUCAAAUUAUUAGAUUUAUACAUUAACAUAUUCAUGAAUAAAACAACAUGUACAAGUCUACAGGCAUAUCAUGUGAACCAAGAAGAAAAUUUCGAUAAUAUUUAGCAUUUUAAUCUUCUUUCUUUCAUUUUAAAUUUAUUUGAAAGACAAUAGUUUUUAUUGAUAUGCUAUAUGAGCCUUCAGUACUUGUAUAUGGAUGAAUUCCUUUGGACAUUUAUUUAACAUGAAUGUACAAACGUACUUGCCUUUCUAUAUGUACAUGUAUAAUCUACUCUUUCUUAUUUUGUGGAUAAAGAUUCUAUACUUUGUUAAUCGGCUUAAUGAAAAAUGAAGUGGCUCUAUGUAAAAGAAAUUGUUUAACAAAGAAAGUUAAAAAGUUAACAGUUGUACAUGCAAGUGUUUAGAAUAUUCUAUGACAGAAGUCUGUAUGUUGUCUUUAAAGGCUUGAUGUUUUCAGUGUGGCUGCCUAUUGUACGUUCUAAAUUGGAGGAGAUAAAUGGAGUUUAUGGGAAUAAAUACAGAAACAAAGUAGAUUUGAUGCACUUUGUAUGACAACA